GCCAGUCCUAAUCAAAAUGGCGGAAGCAGCAGUAAUGCCUCAAACCAACUAAAUGUAGGUGUCAUCAGUGUAUCAAGCAAUAAAGAGAAAGGCUCGAAUUUGACUGGAGAAAAUUUGUCAAAUUCCUCGAACUCACAAAACUUAGUCGGUUCAGGUUCGGCGGCAUGUAACAACUCAAACACGUUCAAUAGCGACAAAGACAGCCUAAAAAUGAAGUUGAAUGCCUGUAAUGCUGACACACUUGGAGGUAGUGGCCAAAAUCAAACAAAAGAUUGUGUUGGGUGUGGUGUACCAUGCAAUCAGACGAACACAUCACCUCUUGGUGCAUUGUGUAGAAGUUGCUUUCAUCAUUGGAGUCGAACCGGUUCAUUGCGACCAACGUCUGGUCCUACUUUGAGUAAGCGUUCACGAAAUAACACCAAUAACGGUGUUGAACGACACAAAUCGAAAUUACCGCGUGGCAUGUACAUCAAUCAUGACGAUAUUGUCAAAUUGGCAUCACAAGACAAUAGUCGUGGCGACGAUCUCUUAACUAACAUGGAUCGCGAAAUAAGCACACUUUUGAGUCAAAUUCAAAAUAAUAAACAAGUCGCAAGCAGUUUGAAAUCCAAAAAUUCAAAUAGAGCAACCGCAGCCGCUCUUAGCCCGAGCGCUAUAACCGCUAAUAGAAUUAGUGCCAGAUGGAGCAACGAUGAAUAUCAGUUGGCAAUUCAAGGCAUGCGUAAAUAUGGAAAAGACUUUCAAUCAAUAGCUGAAAUUAUUGGAACUAAAAAUGAGUCACAAGUCAAUCAGUUUUACACCAAUUAUCGCAAGAAAUUCAAUUUGGAUGAUAUUUUAAAAGAAUUUGAAGCCAAACAAGAACAACAGAAACUACAAAAAAAGAAAAUUAUUGAAUCAAUCCAAAAAAUUUCGGGCACAUACUCAACAAACAUCGGUAAAAACAGCGAUGUUAAAACCAACCUAAAAAAUCUAGUAUCUGACGGUGAAAUUAUGGAAAUUGAUUUAGUCGAUGACAUUCCAAACAAAGACGAUGAAGACAUGGAUGAUGUUACCAUAAUUGAAACGGAUUCAUUGCCAUCAACAACACAGAAAUCCAGUAAUAUCGAACAUGUAUUGUCAGUCGAACCAAUGGACUCGAUAUCGAUCACGGCGAUUUCCAGUAGCAGUAGUAGCACUAAUGGGAAUUCACACCAAUCAGAGCCUGUCCCAGAAGUAACCAUCAGCCCAGCACCCGGUUCCAAUUCAACCAUUACAUCAACAACAUCGUUGAUGGCAAUUGUUGAACAAGCCAAAGCAGCCGCCGUUUGAAGAGACAAUGAUAAGAUACCUUAUUAAUCAAGAAAUAAUACAGACGAAAAUAACCAAAAUUCUACACAAAUUCGAUAAAAUCCAUACAAAAUAUAUGAGUGAAAUGGUAAAAAAGUAAUAAAUUGGAAAAUAUUUCGAAAUUCACUAUUCAUCUCUUCGUUGAAUAUUUUUAAGCAGCGAGAAAUUGAAAACAUAUAAAUUUUUAUUGUCAUUACACCAUAAAAAAGAGGAAAACACUAAGACACCGCGUGUUAUUCGGAAAGUCCAGAGAAAAAAUUAAAUGGAAAUUAUUUCGGAACGUGUUGCGUUUAAAUUGAUUGUUUUCAUAACACACACACACACACAUAUUUAGACAUUUCGCUCAUUACGUCCUUUAUUCUCAUUUAUUUCGUAUUUUACAAUUUAAUUUAAUUUUACAAUAUCAACAUUUUUGCACGUAAAAAUAUAAAAGAAAAACACAAAAUAAUUUGAGGUAAAUAUCUAGGAAUUAUUUUGAAGAACAAUAGAAAAAUCAGAAAUACUGAAUUCAUAAAAGUUAAUGUCAUAUGGUUUACUUUUCAACUACGCGAUUUUCCGAAAUCGGUUCGAACUAAAUUAUUUAACAUGAACCAUGAACAUUCAAUAAAGUACUACUCUACAAUUAAAUAUUCAUUUAAGAAAA